CGCGCAUGUGCAUGAGCUGGGAGGGAAGCCAUGUUGAAGUUUUAAUGGGGUUGGACAGUGAUUUCUGACGCCGAUUGUUUUUAUAUGCAUAUUUUUAAUUUUGUUUUACUUUGAAAUUUUGUGCCCGACUGUGGAAUUAUUUUAAGUGGAGAGACAAUGAGUAUGAGUUUUGAUCUGUCCAGGAGAAACCCGCAGGAAGAUUUUGAGUUAAUACAGAGAAUAGGCAGCGGCACUUACGGAGAUGUGUAUAAGGCUCGGAAUGUAAAUACAGGAGAGUUGACAGCCAUUAAAGUUAUUAAACUGGAACCUGGUGAAGACUUUGCAGUUGUACAGCAAGAAAUUGUAAUGAUGAAGGACUGUAAGCAUCCAAAUAUAGUGGCAUAUUUUGGCAGUUAUCUCAGUUCACAGCACAUGGAUUCCAUACGAUGUCAGAAGUGUAUGCGUGAUAAACUCUGGAUUUGCAUGGAAUUUUGUGGAGGUGGUUCGUUACAGGAUAUUUAUCAUGUAACUGGCCCGUUGUCAGAGAUGCAGAUAGCAUAUGUGUGCAGAGAAACAUUACAGGGAUUGUACUAUUUACAUAGUAAAGGAAAAAUGCAUAGAGACAUAAAGGGUGCAAAUAUACUACUAACAGAUAACGGGCAUGUGAAAUUAGCUGACUUUGGAGUAUCAGCACAAAUCACUGCAACUAUAGCUAAACGGAAGUCUUUCAUUGGCACGCCUUAUUGGAUGGCCCCAGAGGUUGCUGCAGUGGAAAGAAAGGGAGGUUAUAACCAGUUAUGUGACAUCUGGGCAGUGGGGAUUACUGCCAUUGAACUCGCAGAGCUUCAGCCGCCUAUGUUUGAUUUCCACCCAAUGAGAGCACUAUUUCUUAUGUCAAAAAGUAACUUUCAACCUCCAAAACUUAAAGACAAAGUAAAAUGGUCAAACAGUUUUCAUCAUUUUGUUAAAGUGGCACUUACAAAAAAUCCGAAAAAAAGGCCUACGGCAGAAAAACUUUUGCAGCAUCCAUUUGUGUCCCAACCAUUGAGUCGCACACUUGCUAUUGAAUUACUGGACAAAGCAAGUAAUCCUGACCACACAGGCUAUCAUGACUUUGAUGACGAUGACCCGGAGCCCUCAGUUGCUGUACCACAUAGGAUUCAUUCAACAAGCAGAAAUGUCAGGGAAGAGAGAACACGGUCUGAGAUUAACUUUGGUCAAAUAAAGUUUGAUCCACCCUUAAGAAAGGAAACGGAGCCACAUCAUGAGCUUCUCGACUGUAACGAUUUUUUGGACAGUUCAGAAGAAAUAUACUACACUGCAAGAUCUAAUCUGGAUUUACAGUUAGACUAUGGACAAGGACCCAACGAUGAUUACUUUUUCGGUGGCAACAAGAGCCUACUGAAAUCUGUUGAAGAAGAACUGUAUCAACGCGGGCAUGUGGCACAUUUAGAGAACGAGGAGGAUGGUGAGGAUGAUGAUGAAACAAAACAGUCAACUAUUAAGCCAAAAGUGCCUCCACCUCUGCCACCUAAGCCCAAGUCUGUAUACAUGGCUCAAGAGACCAGUUUUUCUGAAGAAGAUAAUCAAGGAACAAUCAAGAGAUGCCCUCCAUCCAACAGCCCUGCAAGACCCACAUCACAAGUUCCACCUAGACCACCUCCACCUCGGUUACCGCCACAGCGGUCAAGUAUGUUAGGUGACGGGAUGAACUCUCCGCAUGUAAAUGGUGAACAGUUCAGCUCUUCAGUACAGCAUACUGACUACAGAAGUUCUAAUCCUCCAGGAUCUCAACAAAGAAAAGAAAAGAAAGAUUUGCCAAAACCAGUUAGCAAUGGCCUUCCUCCAACUCCAAAAGUACAUAUGGGAGCUUGUUUUUCAAAGGUUUUCAAUGGUUGUCCUUUAAAAAUUCAUUGUGCCACAUCAUGGAUCAAUCCAGACACGAGAGAUCAGUAUGUAAUAUUUGGUGCGGAAGAAGGCAUCUACACGUUGAAUUUAAAUGAGCUGCAUGAAACAACAAUGGAACAGCUGUUUCCACGAAGGUGUACGUGGCUGUAUGUCAUGAAUAACUCAUUGUUGUCAAUAUCUGGUAAAGCUUCCCAGCUUUAUUCACAUAGUUUGCCCGGCCUUUUUGAAUAUGCACGACAAAUGCAGAAGUUACCUGUAUCUAUACCAACACACAAGCUGCCUGACCGAAUGCUGCCAAGAAAGUUUGCUGUGUCUACAAAAAUUCCUGAUACAAAGGGCUGCCAGAAGUGUUGUGUUGUGAGAAAUCCUUACACAGGACACAAGUACCUUUGUGGAGCACUACAGACAAGUAUUGUGUUAUUAGAGUGGGUUGAACCAAUGCAAAAAUUUAUGUUAAUCAAGCACAUAGAUUUCCCUCUACCUUAUCCAUUAACAGUAUUUGAAAUGCUGGUAGUACCCGGACAGGAGUACCCUUGCAUAUGUGUUGGUGUCAGCAGAGGAACAGAGUUCAACCAGGUGGUACAGUUUGAAACUAUCAAUCCUAAUUCAUCAUCUUCAUGGUUUACGGGAACAGAUGGAGCCCAAAUCUGUGUUGUACACGUAACACAGCUGGAACGAGAUACCAUUCUAGUCUGUUUAGAUCGUUGCAUAAAAAUAGUAAAUCUGCAAGGCAGAUUAAAAUCCAGUCGGAAAUUGUCUUCAGAAUUAACAUUUGAUUUCCAAAUUGAAUCUAUUGUUUGUCUGCAAGACAGCGUGCUCGCAUUCUGGAAGCAUGGGAUGCAAGGAAGAAGUUUUAGGUCAAAUGAGAUUACACAAGAAAUAUGUGAUAAUACACGGAUAUUUCGGCUUCUUGGUUCAGACAGAGUGGUGGUGCUGGAAAGUAGGCCUACAGACAACCCUACAGCGAACAGCAACUUGUAUAUUUUGGCAGGUCAUGAAAACAGCUACUGAAGGUGAUGUCUUGCAAUGUUAACAACUCACUGGAAUGAGGAAGAUAUACUUACGCUGCACCAGGAACAGAACACUUGAAAUUGUAUGCACAGUUUCUCUGCCAGAUGAUGAUUUAGGAUGGAAUUGCAUUUUUAUUUAUUGUGGCAUGCUUCACAGUGCAAGGAACUUUUUUAGGGAUAUGGACAUGUUUAGUAUUUUAAAAUGCCACACAAGUGCUUAAUUUACUGUUUAUGUAAUCUUUGUACAUAUGUGUAGUAUUUUUCAGUGAAGUAACUUCAUAUUAUUGAAGUCAUACACUAAGGUUCUUAAUGUAGAUAGUACUCCAUGUAUGAUGUACAGGUGUUCUGCUGUACAGAUGUAAAGGUUUGCUCAUGUUAAAAUAUAUAUUUGGGGUACUGUACUGAGGAGUUAUCAGUUAGGGGCGAUGCUCUGGGUGUUGAUAUUGUUUUGUACAGUGGGAAACUAGAAGUGACCACAGUGCAUUUAUUCAUAUAACACUAAUGCGUUUUUAUCAUUUCAUGUGAUUUAAUAUAGAUUCUGGUCUUGUAAAUAUACAAAGUGUAAACAAGGCCAUCAAUUAUUUUUAAAUAUGUGUAUGAUUAGUACACUGAUGUAAUUUGCACAAAGUAUGAAAAUGUGAUGUAUUUUGCCACAGAGGUAAUUUGUAACUUUGUGGAGAUUCAUACUUCAUGAACAUUUCUCUUUUUGAAUUAGAUUUUGUGUAUUUCUGUGCGCACAUGGACUUGGGCAGGAAAAAUUGGUUUGCUGCAUCAAGUAGUAUUUUUGAUACAUAAAACCUAUAUAAACAUCUAUAGGAAUGACACUUUUUUAAGUUAAAGCUCCCUUGAGCUUAUCCUAAUGCUUCCAGAACGUAAGUUUGCUAUAGUAAUGCAGGCAACAAUACUGUGAUGUCACACCGUAAGUGUUGUCUUAGUAAUUAAUAGUAUUUUAUUUAUGUAGCAUUGCUUCAAGUCCAAUAAAACAUUUCAUUUGAAGUAAAAGCACUAAAUAAUUGCAACAUUCCAAAUUUUGGAAGUGUUUUAAGAUGUUGAUUUUUUUUUAAUUAUUUCAAUUUAUUUUUAAAUUUCAAGACACUUUUAAUCACAGCCAAAAUAAUUUAGUUUCUACCUCAUGCAGACAAGUGGAAAAACUACACAUCACAGAAUUUUAUUUUAUGUAGUAAGUGUACUUUUUCUGUAGAUAAAAUAUGUAGUAAAAUAUGCAUCUUGAGCUUUCCUCCUUGUAUAUGUCCCCUGUAUUUUGAAUAUAGUCAUUAUUGUAAGUGAACUGUUACCUGCAACUUUUAUGUGGUAAAAAAAUCUAAAGUGUUACAGACUGUAUAUACUGUAAAAUAAAAACAUUUUUAAUAUACUGCA